AUGUCUCGGCAAUCUGUCUGCAGAAGCUUUGGAGGCGGGAGUAGAAGGGGCUACAGCUCUUGCUCUGCCAUCGGUGGUGGCUUUGGAGGGGGGGGCGGCAGAAGCAGGAGCAGCUACAGCUCAUUCUCUAUGUCCAGGGGAUUUGGAGGUGGUGGACGUUGCGGAGGGUUUAGCAGCAAGAGUCUCCACUCCAUGGGUGGCGGUGGAAGGAUUUCCAUGGGUGGAUGUUACGGCGGUGGAGGAUAUGGAGGCAGAAUGGGUGGCUUUGGUGGAAGCUAUGGAGGAGGAAUGGGCAGCUUUGGCGGAGGAAUGGGUGGAGGAGGAAUGGGUGGCUUUGGUGGAAUGGGUGGUGGUGGAGGAAUGGGCGGCUUUGGUGGAGGAAUGGGUGGUUAUGGUGGAGGAAUGGGUGGUGGAGGAAUGGGAGGCUUUGGUGGACCAGGCUUUGGUGGCCCUGGUAGAGGUGGCCCUGGAAUCCAGCCAGUGCAGGUUGACUCAACCCUCCUGCGGCCGGUCCAUGUGGAGAUUGAUCCCCAGAUCCAGCAAGUCAAAAACCAGGAGAAGGAACAGAUCAAGACCCUGAACAAUCAAUUUGCCUCUUUCAUUGAUAAGGUCCGCUUCCUGGAGCAACAGAACAAGGUCCUCUCCACCAAGUGGGAGCUUCUCCAACAGCAAGGGCCUUCGGGGCCAAGGAAGAACCUUGAUGUCAUCUUUGAAAAUUACAUCCAGAACCUGAGGAGGCAGCUGGACUCAAUCUUGGCGCAGAGGGGACAGCUGGAGUCAGAGCUGCAGAACAUGCAGCAAUACGUCGAGGAUUACAAAACCAAGUAUGAGGAAGAGAUCAACAGGCGCACAACAGCCGAGAACGAGUUUGUGGUGCUCAAGAAGGACGUGGACUCUGCCUACAUGACUAAAGUAGAGUUGGAAGCCAAGGUUGGAGCUCUGACGGACGAAAUCAACUUCCUGAGGUGCAUCUACGAGGAGGAACUGUCUCAGAUGCAGACAAUCAGCCGGGACCUGUCCGUGGUGGUGUCCAUGGACAACAACCGUCACCUGGAUCUGGACAGCAUCAUCGAGGAGGUCAGGCGUCAGUACGAGCAGAUCGCUCAGAGCAGCAGAGCCGAAGCUGAGGCUUGGUACCAGAGCCAGUACGAACAGCUGCAGAACACCGCUGGAAUGCAUGGGGACAGCCUCCGCAACACCAAGAUCGAGAUCCAAGAGUUGACCAGGAACAUCCAGAGGCUGCGGGCUGAGAUUGAGAACGUGAAGAAGCAGAACCAGCAGCUGCAGGCAGCUAUUGCCGAGGCUGAGGAGCGGGGUGAGAUGGCCCUGAAGGAUGCCAGGUUAAAACUGGAAGAGCUGGAAACUGCCCUACAGAAAGACAAGGAGGAGCUGGCUCGCUUGCUGAAGGAGGACCAGGAGCUGCUCAACAUCAAGAAUGCCCUGGACGUUGAGAUUGCCAUGUACAGGAAGCUGCUGGAGGGAGAGGAGAACAGGCUGUGCAAUGAAGGCAUG